UGCCGCCAACCCCGCUGAAGAUAACCCGCCAGUACUCGCCCUUCCUCGCUCUCCUCUGCACAACUGCUGGCUUCUUCCCGGGGCAGUUUGAACUCGUGUGGUAUAAAAAUCUCUCCGAAAUCACGUCUGGCAUCAACAUCAGGAAAAUCGUGAACGAAGAGGGUUUAUUUCACGUUUCCAGCGAGCUCAGUCUUCCGGAGAAGGGGUCAGUCUACACCUGCCAGAUUUCUCACAUCACACGCAGCGUCCCGGCAAACAUCAGCGACAAAAUUCCGAAUCACGGUAACCAAGACCGUACAUUCUACUACGCCUUAGUCUUUGGUUGUGCAGCAGGCGGGAUUAUGAUUUUAGUUCUGGGAAUUGUCUUCAAGGGGUGCAAAUUAGACAAAACAACUGGCAACGCGACUGCUGAGGACAUGAACAGCCAAUUUGAGGAACAGGUCAAUCGGGACAGAGAGGCAGUGAGUCCGAUUUAUGCUGCUCUCCACUUCAGCGGAGAGAGGAAACCUGCAAAACUACUAACGGAGAAAGAGAGCUUUGUGUAUGCGCAGACAAAGCACCGGACAGCUGGCGAACUGACCUACGCGUCUUUGAAUCUUUCCGCUUCCGAGAAAACGGCAAGAAAACCAAAUAAAAAGGAGGCGGAGUAUGCAGAGGUCAAAAUAAAAAAGGGAAGCGGAAACGCCUGGAUUCCAUGAACUCCAACAAUAUUCAGUGAUAGUACAGUUACAGAAAAGUUGCUUUUGUUUUGUUUAUUUGAAAAAGACAACAAGCCAGAUGUGAUGGGUUGAUUGUGAACGAUACCUUAAUCGAUGGUGUAUUCUAAUUGCUGAACCUCUGUUUAUCCUUCA